AUGUGCCACCGAGCCGCAGGUUACGACGGAGUUUUCCUCACUUGGAUCGCUGCAACCACAUGCCACGUCCUCCUGCAUGCACCUGCCACCUGCCUGCAUUACCUAUUCUUGGUUCACGCCAGCGGCAACCUCUGGAUGCUGCGGCACAACUACCUCACUCAAUACUCCAAUACUGCCCCCCCCGUCGACGACGUGCAGCAUCUUCGCGUCCAAAAGACAGGCCAGUAUCCAUACAACUGCAUUUGGGACAGCCCCACAUCGCAGGAUUCAGAGGAGGCUAAACCACCACAUGGCUUGCAAGCCUUUUGCCCGUCGAGCAGGACCCCCGCUGUCCCCUAUUGUCUGCCUAGAUCAAGACCAUUCCAAUUCUGGGCGAAGCUCGAUGACAGUCCCACGGCUCGUAUCAAUGUGGACAGCUUCUCCGCAACGCAAUAUGGUGGCUUCUUUGGCCUGCUCACCCUGACUCGUGGGGGGUUUUCAGCAACGGCUAAAGGCACCGCGAACCCGCCGUGA